UUAAUAAGCUACUGUAAUAAAGAUACUGUAGAACAUUAUAUUUUGACUGUGGGUCGGUGAGUGUGCUUAUGAAAUGCUUGGACUCCUUCCGAAAUGCUUCAGGACUUACUGUUAGUGUGGAGAAGUCCAAUGUGUUUUUUGGCAGGGGUAAAUGGACAGAUGAAGGAUGACUUACUUGCCCUGACUGGUUUUCAAGAAGGAGAAUUCCCUGUGAGAUACUUGGGCAUUCCUCUAGCCCCCAUGAGAGUCUUGGUGGCCCAGUACUCUCCACUUAUUCAAAAAAUUGAUGGUUAUGUGGCAAAGUGGAAAGUUAAAUCUAUGUCAUAUGCAGGGAGGGUUGAACUGAUCAGGGCAGUGGUACAGGAUGUUCAGUCCUAUUGGUUGCAGGUUUUCCCCAUUCCUGUAGCCAUCCUUAAUAGGAUUAUCUCUACUUGUAUACAAUUCAUUUGGGAUGGUAAAAGCGCUAAAGUUGUGUGGUGUGAUAUCUGUAAACCUAAAGAAGAAGGUGGGUUGGGACUAAGAGAACCAAAAGUCUGGAAUCUAGCUUUGAUUGGCAAGACCUUCUGCAACAUUCAUUCAAAAAAAGAUUCAUUGUGGAUUAAGUGGUUUCAUGGUAUAUAUCUGAAAAAUUGUUCUAUAUGGGAAUGGAGUCCCAAGUGUCGGGAUUCCCCUUUGUUGAAGAAGUUGGACAGAAUAAAAGGCGUUCUUUUACAAUAUCUUGGCAGCCCGGAGGCUAUUAUUGCAAAGUUUGGAGUCAACUGCAGAAAUGGAAAGUUGGUCUCGUGAUCUCGUCCACCAUUUAUGACGCUCUCAUGUCCAAAGCAGUUAGUAGACCUUGGAUGAAUUUUAUUUGGAAGAGUUACAUUCCUCCUAGGUUUUCUUUUAUCUUGUGGCUCUGCUUUAGAAAUAGGUUAUCUGCGGCAGAUAAUCUGUGGUACAUUGAUGUUGAAAGAAGUUGUUAUUUUUGUAAAGAUCACAUUGAAACUGUGGAACACUUGUUUUUCUUAUGUCCGGUGACUGCAUCUAUUUGGAAAAGUAUUUGUAUGUGGCUGGGUAUUAGAAGAACUUUAUCUACUCUACACAGUGCAGUUAAAUGGAUUAAAAAAGAGUGUUUAGAGGUGCUCGGCUCACUAGCAAGGCUGUUAGACUCAUUUUCAUGCACAGUUUAUUCCAUUUGGAAAGCAAGGAAUACAGCCCUAUUUGCAGAAGGGGUUAUCUCUAUUGAAGGCUUGAUUAUGCAUAUUAGUUAAAGUGAUUAUCUAUAAAGUGUUAUAUAGAAUCUACCCCUCAACCAUGAUUGACAUUUAAUUUUCCUGUGUUUUAGUCGUUACCAAUUUUGUGAAUUUUCCUUUGUUGAGGCCUAUGUUUGGCUUUUCUGCAAUUUCAAAUUUUCAAUCUUAGGCAGCCAUGGUUCGCACCUUAUAAUAGAUCUAUUUCUAUC